GAGCUCGAGAUAAUCGUAUAGGUACACCAGCAUUAAGACCACGUGAUAUCAGGAUGCCUUGUGCGCAAACACUGCAUUGAAACACCAAACAGACAACAUCACCAUCAAAACCCUGCCUAUGAAUUCGUCCUUAAGCCUGCCAGAUACUGUAUCAAAAUCUAAUCGAUCGGUUCUCAUCUAUCAUGCGUUUACCGCUGGAGCACAUCAUAAAUGCAUCCCCAUUCAUCCAACCUACGAAUCAAGAAGAGGCAAUAAAGGCGCAAGAACAUCACCGUGACCUAUUAAACCUAGUGGUUUCAUGCAAGUCUGUCUACAAUAAUAAUCGACACCUCCUCUUCACCUGUCUAAUCCUGGAGAAUGCUACCGACAUCGUCGCAGCUCUGGCCAAUAUUGUCAAACAUCCACAAGUCGGACCGUCUAUCCGUCAUAUAAGGUGCUCUACGGAGCUUCACUCCGAAACAGAGCGGUACAAGGCUUUAGAGUAUUGGCUAUUGAACCAUUCACAGGAUGCGGCACUACUCCAAGACACCCUCAAGGCAGAAGGUCUACGUCCUCCUUGGUGGAAUGAAAUGGAUGUUCCUUGGACAUGCUGGGAGGGAUUUGUAUACGAUGACUGUACAGAGGUUGCACUCUUGGCCAUUCUGUAUAUGGUAACGGAGCUAGAGACGCUUUCGUUCCAACAGCUUGAUGCAGGACUCAUUACAGAUUGGGAACAAGUGCGGGAUCUACGAGCAUCUUUCGCGCAAGCUCGGCCUGGAACAAAACCCUUCUUGAAUUCGCUACGGGGUCUUCAGUUUGGUGAAGGGACCUUGGGUGGUAUGGAGAAAUUGCUUCCUGUUGAUCCACAUGACAAUCUAGAGGUGCUGGUUCUCGAUUGCAUAUGUAUUCAGAAUUUCAGCCGCUGGUCCAGUUACUUCGACUUUAAAGAAUGGGUCAAUGGCGAGUGGGUUACUCCAGGGCCAAAAGAGCUAGAAGCCCAGUCUGAGCUGUUUCUUGGAGGUGAAGAAGCACGGAGGCUCUCAGUUGCAGAGGCCAGGGAUACUAUGGAUUGCCUUAAAGACUUCAGGAAUCUUCGGGUGUUGGAUGUUGUUUUUGACAGGCCGCCUGAUUGGCCGUCUAGGUCGUUGAUUGCGCUUGAGAACAUUGCUUCAGGUUCUCUGCAGGUUUUGAGGAUUGAAGGAUACCCAUUCAAAGUUGAGCUAGGGGGAUUUGGACCAUGUAACUCUGAGUAUGAACGGGCUUUUAUUACAAGGCUUGAUACGGUUGAGUAG